AAUUUUUUAUUAUAUAUAUAUAUAUUAAAGUUAAUGAGCUCUGCAAUUUGGCUUAUUAAGUGGUGAGAUCUGUGGUAUUUUUCUACCUGAUUAAUUUUGUGUAAUUGUGAGGUUUUUGUAGUGCAAUCCAACCCAUAUAAUGACUGGUAUUGGCUAACAUGGGCAGCCCUCUUUAACCUUCCCUUUAGUGCAACAAAGUUACAAUUGAACUUUAGCUUUUGCUUUAAUGUAGUAUUGUGGAACUUUUUUCAUCUUUCUGGUUUGGAUUCUUGAUUCUUAUAAUAUAUUUAACAGCUUUUUUAAGUAAUGGGUUGCUUCAGUAAGGGUUUUUGGAUUGCAGAUUUGAAGUUGUAUUAAAGUAGCAUUUCCUUUUCCACCAUGCCCCAAAAAAAGUGAUCAAGAACAUUUUGCUUUUGCUAACUUUUUUCAACUUUUUAUAAAACAAAGGUCCUCUUAAUUUGCUAAUCUCCUUGCUUUGCUCUUUGACUGUUUGAUGCAUAAUUCAUUCACUAGUUAGUAACUGCUGCUGUUAAAAUUUGUUGCUGAUCAAUGGUUUUAGUGAAGGGAUCAUUUGUUAGUUUGAUUAAAUUUGUAGUACCGGUCUUAUUCGAUCGUGUUCUAGUUUUAACUCGCUGUUUGGUGAGGUGGUUCUGUGGGGAACACUUUGAAAUGAGACAAGGAAUUCGAAUUUAUAUGCCCUGAAAGAUUGAACUUGUUUCCUAAAUUGUGUGACAUUGUCUUGAAAUAGUUGCUACUCAAUGAUCUUAGUGAAGGGAUCAUUUGUUUGUUAGUUUUGACUCUUAUCCAAUAGAGUUCGAUUUGUUAAGUUUGAAAUUCUCGGUUUUGCGAGGUGAACACUUGAAAAAGAGAUGAGGGAUUAGACUUUAUCCGCCGGGAAAGAUUGAACUUGUUUCGUAAAUAGUGUGACAUUAUCUUGAAAAGUUGCUGCUCAAUGAUCUUAGUGAAGGGAUCAUUUGUUUGGUAGUUUUUUGACUAUAAAGGUGAUCUUAUUCAAUAGAGUUCGAUUUGUUUAAGUUUGAAAUUCAUGGUUUGACAAGGUGGUUCUGUACCGAACACUUCAAAAUGAGACGAGGGAUUCGGCUUUAUACACCAUGAAAGAAGCUUAGAAUACACGAAAGCCCGGCAUUGCAUCCGUAUUAAUCGAUCUUUACAGCUUCUUCUAUAUCACAAUAAUCGGGAGGCAUCUUCGAGCACUUCUUCAUUUCCUACAAAACUGCAAAUGAAGCGCCGGUUUCUUCGACUAGCAGUAAUAUCCAACAUUGUUCUGCUUCUGACGAUCCAUGGCGUCGCCUCUGAUCUCGACUCGGACACAAAGGCUCUCCUCGAAUUUGCGGAUUCUGUUCCACACGUUCGUGAGUUCAACUGGAAAUCUCCCGGCUCGGUGUGUAAGUCGUGGAUUGGUAUCACGUGCUCGAAAGAUGGAUCUCGAGUGCAUGGAGUGCAUCUUCCCGGGAUGGGGCUGUAUGGUUCGAUCCCCGUCGGUACUCUUGGCAAGCUCGACGCUCUUCGAGUCCUCAGUCUUCGAUCAAAUUAUCUGAAUGGAACUAUUCCUUCAGACGUACUAUCCAUCUCUUCCCUUCAGUAUGUUUUCCUGCAAAGUAACGACUUCUCCGGCAGCCUUCCGGUGUCCUUAUCGCCACGACUUAGCUUCAUGGAUUUGUCGGCGAAUUCUUUCUCCGGAAACAUUCCGGAGACUGUCAAGAAUCUGAAGAGGCUCUCUGUUUUGAACCUGCAGUUCAAUACGCUCUCCGGGAUCAUCCCGGAGCUCGAUCUGCCGAGGCUUAGGAGUUUGAAUUUGAGCCAUAACUCGUUGAGCGGUUCGAUCCCGCGAUCGCUGCAGAAGUUCCCGGUUUCUUCGUUCGUCGGAAAUACUCGUUUAUGUGGUCUUCCUCUGGCUGAUAAUUGCUCCGGUUUGUCUCCCGCCGACGUCCCUUCGCCGGAAAGCAGUCCUUUUUCCUCGACUCCGCCGCAUAGCUCGAGGAAAUUCAACUUAGGAGCCGUUAUAGCCAUUGUCGUCGCGGGUGCUUCGAUUCUACUCCUUUUACUGCUGAUCGCCGUGGUUUUCUGUCUGAAGAAGAAGCGAAAUGGGAAGACGACGGUGAUCGUUGCCAAGGCUGCGAAUUCGGCGAAGACGGAGAACUUGAAGUCAGAUGAUUUCGGGAGUGGAGUGCAGGGAGCCGAGAAAAACAAGCUCGUUUUCUUCGAAGGGUGCUCGUAUAGCUUCAAUCUCGAGGAUCUACUGAGGGCGUCGGCUGAAGUUUUAGGUAAGGGCAGCUACGGGACAGCGUAUAAGGCUAUUUUGGACGAAGCGACGACCGUUGUAGUAAAACGGCUGAAGGAUGCUGGGACGGGUAAGAAGGAGUUCGAACAGCAGAUGGAGAUCGUAAACAAGCUCGGAAGGCAUCCCAAUGUCGUCCCGUUGCUUGCUUAUUACUUCUCCAAGGACGAAAAGCUUCUCGUUUACGAGUACAAGCCGGCGGGGAGCCUCUCCGCAGCUCUGCACGGUAACCGAGGGACGGGACGAGUGCCGCUCGAUUGGGAGUCAAGGCUGAAUAUAUCGCUCGGCGCGGCUAAGGGGCUCGCGCACAUCCAUUCCGAAGACGGCGGUAAGUUCAUCCAUGGAAACAUCAAGUCGUCGAACGUAUUAUUGACGAACGAUAUCUCGAACUCGAACGGGUGUAUUUCCGAUUUCGGAUUGAGCCCAAUGAUGAAUUUCAUUCCCGUCAAGUAUCGCGUCGCGGGUUAUCGCGCGCCGGAGGUGAUCGAGACGCGGAAAGUCAGCCAGAAGUCGGACGUUUACAGCUUUGGAGUUGUCCUGCUCGAGAUGCUCACGGGGAAGUCUCCGAUCCAAUACUCGGGUUACGACGACGUCGUCGACCUCCCGAGAUGGGUGCGGUCCGUCGUCCGCGAGGAGUGGACGUCGGAAGUCUUCGAUAUGGAGCUUACGAGGUAUCGGAACAUAGAGGAGGAGAUGGUGCAGAUGCUUCAGAUCGCGUUGUCGUGCGUCGGUAAGGCGCCCGACGUGCGUCCGAACAUGGACGAAGUUGUUCACAUGAUCGAGUGCAUUCGGCACCCGGAAUUGCAGAAUAGGCCGUCGUCUGAAGACGAUCGGGCUAAAGACUCGACGGAGCAGCCGCCAUCGAGCCAAGAUUGAUGUGAGGUUUGGAUAUCUUGAGGAUGCAGUAAGUUAUCCAUCCAGAAUCUCUGCAAUGUAGUCUUCUUCUUCUUCUGCUGAUCUUUACAAUGUCUUGAUAUUUAUUACAGUGUUCUUAAGUAGUAUGAUCAUCGAUGUUCAUUGUAUGAGUUUGUGAUAAAUGAACGUUAAUUUCCAUCA